AAUUCCAUUUCAGCUGACAUUUUAUAUACUCUCACUUGAACUCAAAGCAAAAUCACACAAUCCUUUAAAAAGAUAGCAGAAAAAUGAGCGCUACUGAUCACUCAAAUGAAGAAGAACGCUUCGACGUCCUCACUAAAACUGGUCAAAAAACCGGUAUCUCCAAACCCAGAGGAGCUGUUCACAGAGAUGGGGAUUAUCACCGAGCUGUUCAUGUGUGGAUUUUUGCUGAAAGUACACAAGAACUUCUUCUACAGAAACGGGCUGACUGCAAGGAUUCAUGGCCUGGAUUAUGGGAUAUCUCUAGUGCUGGUCAUAUAUCUGCUGGGGAUUCAUCUCUUAUCACUGCUAGGAGAGAGCUUCAAGAAGAGCUUGGUCUGACACUCCCAAAUGAUGCCUUUGAAUUACUUUUUGUUUUCCUGCAACAGAGUGUCACAAAUAAUGGUAAUUUCAUUAAUAAUGAAUUUGAUGAUGUUUAUCUCGUUACAACAGUAUCCCCAAUUCCCUUGGAGGCUUUUACUCUUCAGGAAUCUGAAGUUUCUGCUGUUAAGUAUAUCUCCAUUGAGGAGUAUAAGCAAGCCCUUGCUAAAGAAGAUCCUGAGUACCAUUGCAAUGUGGAAGCACCAAGUUUGGAUCUUCAAAAGAAGCUCAAUCGUUAUGCUCCUAUCUCACUUACUGCAGAGUUGACCGGUUUGACCAAGGAGGACAAGGAAGCAUUAGUGUUACUCAUUCAUGCUGCAAGAAUGAUGGAUGAUAUUUUCCAUCAGCAGGUUUUUUAUUAUUCAGUAAACAAAAGCCCAUGGUCUUGCCUUGAUGAAAAUGAAGCAUUUUUGACGACUGCAGAUGCUGCCAUUAGAUUACUUCCGGAAUCAACAAAGCCGAUUCCAGGGUGGAAUGGAAUUGAAUACAAGGCUGCCUUUCCCUUGAAGAAACCACCUGGUGCUAAUUUCUACCCCUCAGACAUGGAUAAAAUGGAAUUUGAGUUGUGGACAAAAGGGCUUUCAGGUGAUGAAAAACAAGAUGUAGCUGGAUUUUUCAGUGUUAUUAAAAGGCAUAGUGAUUUGCAUUCCAAUUCCAAUAAUAAAGUUACUCCUUCCAGUGAUCUCUAUAGCAUUCCUUAUUCUCAAGAGUAUUCUGCAAUUCUUGCAAAAGCUGCUGAAUUAUUGCAUAAAGCAGGUGAUUUGACAAGUUCACCUAGUUUGAAGAAACUUCUACAUAGCAAGGCUGAUGCUUUCCUUUCAAAUGACUAUUAUGACUCGGAUAUAGCCUGGAUGGAGUUGGAUUCUAAGGUGGAUGUUACUAUUGGCCCAUAUGAGACUUAUGAAGAUGUACUAUUCGGAUACAAGGCAACAUUUGAGGCGUUUAUUGGAAUUCGGGAUGAUAAAGCAACUGCUCAAGUUAAACUGUUUGGGGACCAUUUACAGAUUUUGGAGCAAAAUCUUCCAUUGGACAACAUUUAUAAAUCAUCAGAAGUAAUAUCCGCACCUAUACGUGUCGUGCAUCUUGUUUAUAAUUCGGGGGAUGUGAAGGGUCCUCAAACAGUUGCAUUUAAUCUUCCAAAUGAUGAGCGAAUAGUAAAAGAUCGUGGCACAUCAAUGGUGAUGCUGAAGAAUGUUUCUGAGGCAAAGUUCAAGCUUAUUCUGCAGCCUAUAGCUGAUGUAUGCAUUAUAAAGGAACAACGGGAACUUGUUGACUUUGACUCUUUUUUCACUCACACAAUUUGCCAUGAGUGUUGUCAUGGGAUAGGACCACAUACAAUAACACUUCCAGAUGGUCAAAAGUCAACUGUGAGAUUGGAGCUACAAGAACUCCAUUCAGCUUUGGAAGAAGCCAAAGCCGACAUUGUUGGUUUGUGGGCCCUAAAAUUUCUUAUUGAUAAGGAUGAGCUUCCAAAGAGCCUGGUGAAGUCAAUGUACGUUUCUUACCUUGCAGGUUGCUUCCGGUCUGUACGUUUUGGGUUAGAGGAAGCUCAUGGAAAAGGUCAAGCUUUACAAUUCAACUGGUUAUUUGAGAAAGGGGCAUUUGUUUUACAUCCCGAUGAAACAUUUUCUGUUGACUUUGAUAAGAUUGAAGAUGCAGUUGAGGGGUUAAGUAGGGUUAUACUAACAACACAAGGAAAAGGGGACAAAGAUGCUGCUCGACAACUUCUUACAAAAUACUGUGUCAUGACACAGCCUUUAAAACUUGCUUUGAAAAAACUAGAAAUGGUUCAGGUUCCAGUGGAUAUAAUACCGGACUUCCCAGUUGCUGAUAAAUUGCUACAAGAGAAGUCAUAAAUGGUUUUUUUUUUUUUUGUUACUUGUACUUGUUGAAACCAACUUUUUGGCCAAAAGAUAAAGUCGCUUGACUAGUUCUCAUAUUGUGAAAAAUGAGAUUUUGCCAUUGUUAUCAUUUAAAAAUGUCCUUAGAAACUUUGUCCUGUUCAAGAGCAAAUGUCUGUCAUUUUUUGCAACUUCAAAAAAUUUAGCAUUGAAUAUUAAAAGAAACAUGGAACAGCUAUUUGGAAAUGAUAUGUGGUUG